AUGCCUCAAUCGCCGUCUCCGUCUCUCUUCAUCUUGUUCACGACCAAUUUCUCCUUCAUAAACAGCGCCAAUUUCUCCUCUUCUGAUUUUUCAAUCGGUGGUCAGAUCUUACCUACUUCUAAUCUGAGAGUCUACACUUUCGCCGAAUUGAAAGCUUCUACCAAGAAUUUCAAACCUGAAACACUUCUCGGUGAAGGAGGUUUUGGAAAAGUCUACAGAGGUUGGCUUGAUGGAAUCACCAUUGCCGUCAAAAAAUUGAACUCCGAAAGUUUACAAGGUCUCCAGGAAUGGCAGUCAGAGAUACAUUUUCUAGGUAGACUUUACCAUCCUAACCUUGUUAAACUCUUGGGAUAUUGUUAUGAGGAUACAGAGCUUCUUCUUGUCUACGAAUACAUGCAGAAGGGUAGUUUGGAAAAUCACCUCUUUGGAAGAGGUGUUGUUGUUCAACCACUUCCUUGGGAGCUGAGGCUUAAGAUAGCAAUCGGAGCAGCUACCAGACUUUCGUUCUUGCAUACACCAGAUAGAGAAAUUAUUUACAGAGAUUUUAAGGCCUCUAAUAUAUUGCUUGAUGGGUCCUAUAAUGCCAAGAUAUCAGAUUUUGGGUUGGCAAAACUGGGUCCUUCGGCUAGUCAAUCACAUUUGUCUACAACGGUGAUGGGAACACCAGGUUAUGCAGCUCCUGAAUAUAUGCAAACAGGGCAUCUAUAUGUAAAUAGUGAUGUGUAUGGUUUUGGAGUUGUUUUGGUUGAGAUACUGACGGGCUUACGGGCGAUAGAUCUCAACCGCCCAAGCGGGUAUCACAGUCUAACGGAUUGGAUCAAACCGCACCUACAGGAAAGAAGAAAAUUGAAGAAGAUUAUGGAUCCUCAAUUAGGAGGAAAGUAUCCAAUCAAAGCUGCACUUACUAUAUCUAAGGUUGCUUCUAGGUGUCUUGCACCCGAGCCCAAAAUGCGCCCAUCCAUGAAGGAUGUUUUGGAGAUCUUGAAAGGAACUCAAGCUUCCACUGACAAAGACGUCGAGGUUAGGGGUCAAAAUUAAUGAGUUAAUCCUAUUUAUAUGUGAAUUAGUGGGAAUGAUUGAGAUUUGAGAGGCUAUUGGUUGUUAAUUUUGUAUUUUCCUUGAACUCAAGUAGCUAGCAAAGAAAUUGUGCAUUUCAGUGA